CUCUCUCUUCUCCUUUCUCUUUCUCUCUCUCUACUCAUGUGUGUGAAUGAAUCUCUGUUUCUUGUUUUGGAACCGAUAUGGCUUCCUAACAAUUGGGCUUUUCUCUGCCUCUUCCUAGGAAUCUGAAGCGCUUCUCUACUCUCUACUCUAUCAUCACUCCAUCUGUGUAAGAACAAAUCUUUCUUCUUCUCAGCAAUAUCCACUUUUCACUUUUGUAUCGGAAUUUGGAGAUGGCUAUGCAAACUGUGAGAGAAGGUCUCUUCUCUGCUCCACAGGCUUCUUGGUGGACUGCUUUUGGAUCUCAGCCGUUGGCUCCGGAGAGUCUCGCCGGCGAUUCUGACUCGUUCGCCGGUGUUAAGGUCGGAUCUGUCGGAGAGACAGGACAAGGUGUGGAUAAACAGAGCAACUCUGCAACUCACUUAGCUUUCUCACUUGGUGAUGUAAAGAGUCCAAGACUUGUGCCAAAGCCUCAUGGAGCUACUUUCUCAAUGCAAUCGCCUUGCUUGGAACUUGGAUUUACUCAGCCACCGAUCUACACAAAGUAUCCUUAUGGGGAACAACAGUACUAUGGAGUUGUUUCGGCCUAUGGAUCUCAGAGCAGGGUAAUGCUUCCUCUAACCAUGGAAACGGAAGAUAGUACCAUCUAUGUGAACUCAAAGCAAUACCAUGGAAUCAUAAGGCGACGCCAGUCCCGUGCAAAGGCUGCUGCUGUUCUUGAUCAGAAGAAAUUGAGUAGUAGAUGCCGCAAGCCAUAUAUGCAUCAUUCGCGCCAUCUCCAUGCAUUGCGGCGUCCUAGAGGAUCCGGUGGGAGAUUCUUGAACACUAAAAGUCAGAACUCGGAAAAAAGCGGAACCAAUGCAAAGAAAGCUGACGGAAGUAUGCAGAUCCAGUCUCAGCCUAAGCCUCAGCAAAGUAACUCUCAGAAUUCUGAAGUUGUUCAUCCGGAAAACGGGACCAUGAACUUAUCGAAUGGAUUAAAUGUGUCGGGAUCAGAAGUUACAAGCAUGAACUACUUCCUAAGUUCUCCAGUCCAUUCUCUUGGUGGCAUGGUAAUGCCUAGCAAGUGGAUAGCAGCAGCAGCAGGAAUGGAUAAUGGCUGCAGCAAUUUCAAAACCUGAUCCUUUACCGUUUCACAGUCAAACGGAGAGAGAUAAAGAACUCUUGCCUUGAAGAAGGAAAAUGAGUUUUUUUUUCUUGGUAUAAAGGAUUUUCCUUUUUGCCAAUCCGCUUUAGCUGUGAACAGGCAAAUCAUCUUUGGCUCAUUCUCUAUUAAGGUCACUUCACUGUCAGGUGAAAAAACUUUGAUUAAUCUUCUGUGUGAAAGUAGUUAAAACUGGUGAAGAACAAUGAUGGGUUUGGUCACUAAACCCACUUGCUCCAACUAGUAGUGUGUGUGUGUGUUAAGAAAACUCUGUUAUCUGAUUUUUGUAGCUCUCUCUGUCUCUGUGUGUUUCUCAAACAACUGUAAGAAUUUUAAGUUAUGUGGCUUAUGUAACAUAUUUAAGACGUGUGUUUUUGUAUAGUUGGUCGAAUUUAUGUUAUUA